AGCCUGCUGUUACUACUCUGCUUUCUAUAAGAUGUUCUCUUUUUAAAAAGAAAUGUAAAGCUGGGAGCUUUUUCUCUGGAAGGUCUUAAAUGUGUGGCCUUCCAGCUGUUGGUAGACUGGCUGUGUUGGUUUAGACAGUGAUGGGAGUCACGAUCCAGCAGACCGGGAAGUCCAUGUUUCCCACCUCUGUUUUAAUACAGGGAGCAUUCUACACAUGAUGAAUGGCGGUUGUUGUUGUUGCUUCCCUUUUAUUUGUACUGUGCUUUUUUUUCCUUUUAAAACAAAAGUGCACCUCUGCAUCAGAAAAGCAUAGUGCUCUGAAAGGAUCAGGAGCAUUUUGCUCUUUUAAAAUAAGCUGUAUAAUUGCACUCUGCACCAGUGUAGAAACAUUAUUUGGAUGCCACAGUUUGAGCAAGAAAAUGUGGCAGGCCUAAGUGGAGGGCUUUUCUUGCCACCCUGGUCCUCAGUAGUUUUAAUUUGUCCUUUUCCCCUCCAAUGAUUUUAUUCCUAGAGGUUCCGUUCUUUCUUUUUGAAGUGACAUAUUUUAUCCUUUUUCUCCCUCAGACUAGCAGUUUUACAGAGACUUGGCUGGACAUCUCCUCAGCACGUCCAGAAAUGACUUCUUUGGGGACCAGCAGCCAGACAGCAACUGAAUAUGUGGUCCGUGUUCCCAAAAACACCUCUAAGAAAUACAACAUUAUGGCCUUCAACGCUGCUGACAAGGUCAACUUUGCCACCUGGCACCAGGCAAAGAUGGAGCGAGAUCUCAGCAAUAAGAAGAUCUACCAGGAAGAAGAGUUGCCUGAAUCAGGAGCUGGCAGCGAGUUCAACCGCAAGUUGCGAGAGGAGGCACGGCGCAAGAAAUACGGCAUCAUCCUGAAGGAGUUCAAGCCGGAAGAUCAACCCUGGAUCCUGAAGGUCAACGGCAAGGCUGGACGCAAGUUCAAAGGAGUGAAAAAGGGUGGUGUGACUGAGAACACCUCCUACUAUAUCUUCACACAGUGUCCAGAUGGUGCCUUUGAAGCGUUUCCAGUCAACAACUGGUAUAACUUCACACCCAUCGCCAAGCACCGCACGCUGACGGCAGAAGAAGCUGAGGAGGAGUGGGAGAGGCGGAAUAAGGUCUUGAAUCACUUCAGCAUCAUGCAGCAGCGGCGGCUGAAGGACCAAGGCGAGGAAGAAGAAGAGGAGAAGGAGAAGAAGGGGAAAAAGAAAGGUGGUGAUUUGAAAAUCCACGACCUGGAAGACGAGCUGGAGAUGAGCUCUGAUGACAGCGAUUUCAGCGAUGCUGAUGGUGAGAAGCCAGCCAAACCCAAGAAGAAGGCGCCUCAGACCAAGAAGAAGAAGAAGGCCAAGGGAUCAGACGACGAAGCCUUUGAAGACAGCGAUGAUGGGGACUUUGAGGGCCAGGAGGUUGACUACAUGUCUGACGGAUCAGGAAGUUCGCUAGAAGAAGUGCCGGACAAGCCAAAGGUGUCCAAUGAGGAAGACAUCCCCAAAGGUAUAGACGAAGCCAACGAGAGCAGUGAGGAGAGUGAGGAGGAGAAGCCGGUGGAGGAGAAGGAGGAAGAGGAGGAGGAGAAGAAGGCUCCAACUCCACAGGACAAGAAGAAGAAGAAAGGCGAAGAAGACAACAGCGAUGAGUCGGAGACAUCUGAGGACAGUGACAUUGACAGUGAAGCAUCUUCAGCCCUCUUCAUGACGAAGAAAAAGACCCCUCCCAAGAAGGAGCGCAAGGGAUCCGCCAGCAGCUCACAAGGGAACAGCCGUCCAGGGACACCCCUGGUGGAUGCUGGCAGUACCUCCUCCACCCUGCGGGCAGCAGCCAACAAACUGGAGCAAGGUAAGCGGCAAGCAGGUUCUGGGGAGCUCCCGGCAGCGAAGAGGCUGAAACUGGACGCUGGGCCCCAGCCUGCUCCAACAUCUGGGAAAUCUACCCCGCAGCCGCAGUCGGGCAAGUCAACGCCCAGCAGUGGUGACGUCCAAUUGACGGAGGAUGCUGUGCGCCGCUACUUGACCCGCAAGCCCAUGACAACCAAGGAUCUGUUGAAGAAAUUCCAGACCAAGAAAACGGGGCUGAGCAGUGAGCAGACAGUCAACGUGCUGGCCCAGAUCCUUAAGCGCCUCAACCCCGAGCGCAAGAACAUCAAUGACAAGAUGCACUUUUUCCUUAAAGAGUGAGGAGGGGCCAGGCUGGGCCAGACUGCCAUUGACCUUGGGUCCCCAUCAUCCUGCCAGGCAGCCCUGAACUCUUGUGUUGGACCAGUUAGCAAUGGUAGCUAGAAUCAGAGAUGGGGUUGGUUGGCAUUGGCAUCCUUGAAGGAAAGAGGAAGAACCACUGUCCUGCCUUCCGCCAGCUGGGUGCUGUCUUCAUAUUGGGGCUGGUGGAUGUAGGCAAAAGACUGGCAUGGCCUAUAAAGGGGUAUAGAAGAUAAGAUCUGUCUGAGUGGAGGGUGUUGGUGUUUUUUUCUUUUCCCAGUUUAGUCGGGCAAUGCACUAGUGAAAUGCUGCCAUUUUUGGAAAUAAAUGGGGACAUAUUUUUUA